AUAUAUAUAUAUAUCCCACAGAUGGUAGUGACCCAUAACACAGACUCACACACCUCUCUUGUGUGUCGUUCUGCCUUUUCUCUGGCGUCCCGCUGGUCCUUAAGAACACAGUAGAUAACCAUGUUAUCUGCUAGUCAGUCAGCGCCCCCUCCGGCUGUACCGCCGCUACGCGCCGGAGGGGGCGCACGAGUGUCGGAGGGGGUACGCAACACAACACCCAGACGUGUAAUUUGCGCCACCAAAGUCAAUGGAAACUUUUUGUAGUCACCGGAAACUCUCCUCAGGAGACGUGAUUCGAACCUGCGGCUUGCUGCGGCGUUAUUAAAGCGGCAGGCGGGCUGCGUCAUAACGGGCGUGUUGGAUCAUAUGACGUUGGCCGCCUAUCCGCUCUUAAUGCAGCACUUGGCUUUGGGAAACUGCGAUAGGCCUGCUAUACAUCGAUAUAUCUGAGGGUCUAAUUCGACCUCGGGUCAACAUCUUAUCCUGCACGUGCGUUUGUGUCGGGGUGGGGGUGGGGGGGCUCCAUUGUUUUCGGGGGACACCCCCUCCCGUUGACGGCGAACAAAGAUGCGUCGGGUCGUGCGCUGAUUGGCUGCUGGGGGCCGAUGCCAAGACGUCUGCCACGACAGACGGGGCUCUCCUCGGAUUGUCCGCGACUGGAGGAGGCCGAGCCGAGCCGAGUCGAGCCGAGCCGAGCUGAGCGCGUCCGUUGGACGGGGCCGCUGUCUGUCGGGUCAGCGAGAACAUCUGAAAAGUCAUCGGGAAUCACGGGAGUCGUCGGACGGAAGCGGGCCGCCCCUCUCAUGCUGACUGAGAAUGGAUGACGUGCAAGACGGGGUUCAGAUUGGAGAGAAUAGGUUCAUUAGCAAGGCAACCGUCCUCACACAUCUCAAGACGUACAACCUAUACUAUGAGGGACAGAAUCUGCAGCUAAGGCACAGAGAAGAAGAGGGGGAGUUGAUCGUCGAGGGCUUGCUGAACAUCUCCUGGGGCUUGCGUCGGCCAAUCAGACUUCAGAUGCAAGAUGACCACGAGAGAAUCAGGCCGCCUCCUUCCUCCACAUCCUGGCACUCUGGCUGUGCUCUGGACAGUCAGGGUUUAACCCAUAACACGACAGUACAGCAGCCGACACAGAUGAGCACGCCCACAGUGGAAGUGACAGCACCCUGCAGCCAGCCAGAGGCUAAUGGUGUGCAGGGAAACAAGACGGAAGAGGACGAGGAAAGCUCCGCCCAGCUCCUGCGGACAAAGAGUGACGCCGGGGUUCUGAGGCGUGGCCAGCGACGGUCGGCAAGUGACCAGAGGAAGAUACGAAGACAUCGCUUCUCCAUCAACGGUCACUUCUACAACCAUAAGACAGCAGUAUUCACUCCCGCCUACGGUUCUGUGACCAAUGUUCGGAUCAACAGCUGCAUGACCACGCCUCAGGUGCUACGAGUUCUCCUCAACAAGUUUAAGAUUGAGAAUAGCCCGGAUGACUUUGCCCUCUACCUUGUUCACACCAGCGGAGAGCGUGUAAAGCUGAAACGUAGUGACUAUCCUCUAGUGCUGAGAGUCAUGCAGGGUCCAUGCGAGCAGGUCUGCAGGGUUUUCCUCAUGGAACAAGACCUGGGAGAAGAAGUUACCUAUGAUGUGGCACAGUAUAUCAAGUUUGAGAUGCCUGUCCUGCAGAGUUUCAUCACCAAGCUGAAAGAAGAGGAGGAUCGGGAGGUGCAAAAACUCAGGAGACGGUAUAAUUACCUGAGGUGCAUAAUAGAGAAGCAGCUUCGCUGUCUUCCAGAGGGGACGACUUGUAUGUGAUCUGCUCUUGGAAAGGACCCUACCUACUCUCUGUCCACACGAGCCAUCAAAACCUUGUCACAGCCAUCAUGUGUUCCUCCCACCCGUGAGCAAACUUGAAAUGAAACUGACCAAGAAAAUCACCUGACAAUGAGACAUUUUGCAUGCAUUUCCAGUCAUGAUCUUUUGGCCUCUGACUUUCGGUCUCCAAUUGUAAUCCUCGCCGACUGGUCCAUAUACUUAAUAUAAUCAUUACACGAGUUACCCAGCCCAGCCCAGAUAUCUACCUAACAACAGAAGAUACUGUGAGAGCGUUAGUGUUUUUUUGUUUUUUUUUUGUUUUUUUUGCAAAUUAGCCACACUGAUUUCAGCAAUAAUUUUUACCAUGAACACCGAUGGUAACACAAAUCUUCUGGCACUUUUCAGCCAAACUCAUGAUCUUACCCCAAACUACUGAAGCACAGUCUCUCUUUCCUCUCUCUCCUCUUCUUCCCUUUCUCUCUCUUCUCGCUCUCACACCUCUCUUCUAGCUCUUUCUUUCUUUACACACACACACACACACACACACACACACACACACACAUGCUAAUUCACUCUCCCAUCCUAGUCUUUACCAGGCUGGUGCACAUUGACUUAAAAAACCACUGUCUAAAUUGUAAUGGCCCGUCUGUCAUGUUGACUGUGAGCUGACGCUCUGCUCUAUAAAGCACAAACUGUUAUG